GACAGGGUUUGUACGUUAUUUUGUGAUUGUGAUCAUCGUGUUGCAUGCGCGGCAGUGGCUGUGGUGGUGGUCACGGCAGCAAUGGCAUACAGGAGAAGACACGGAAUAUCCAGAGCUUCCACCUUCAAGGAAGAGGUUCAUCCAGAUUAUGAUGAUGCCAAUGAUCCAACUCCUCUUCCAUCUUUGUCCUCUUCCUUUUCCUUCACUCCAUCUUCCUCUAAUUCCUCAUCCUCCCUUGCUGCUCAGGCCAUCAAAGCCUCUGCUGCUCGUCGUGAUCCCUCUCUUUCUUUUACUUUCGCCAAAUCUGAACAACAUGAUCAACAUCAGAGAUCCAAGAGCUUUGAGGCUUACGGCGAUGUUUCCAAGUCUGGUGUGUGGGGCGUCCUUGCUCAGAAAGCCAAAGAAAUUCUGGAGGACGAUAAGUCGUCAUCCCCACAACACAACGACGUCAUCAAUAUCAUGCCACCAGUUGUCGACAUAGACAAACUCAAAUCGCACUCUUUUAAUACCUUUGCUCCUCCUCCUCAGGAGAAUAAUAAGACAACAAGGCCAGAUCAGUCAAAUCAAACUGCAGCAGCAGGUACGUGGAAUCCAUGGCAGCCGCAACCAGCUGCACAAACAGGAGGAGGAGCCUCUCAAACUAUCCAUCAAACACAACUCAAGGCAUCUCGCGACGUGGCAAUGGCAACAGCUGCCAAAGCAAAAUUACUCCUGCGGGAGCUAAAGACCGUUAAAGCAGAUUUGGCUUUUUCAAAAGCACGUUGUGCUCAACUAGAAGAAGAAAACAAAAUGCUCCGGGACCGCCAGGGCACCGACAAGGGACAAAACGUUACCCGUGCAGACGAUGAUUUGAUCCGGCUUCAACUAGAGACACUUCUUGCUGAGAAGGGUCGAUUAGCUAGUGAGAACGAGGUAUAUGCUCGGGAGAAUCGUUUUCUACGGGAAAUUGUGGAGUACCAUCAGUUGACCAUGCAAGAUGUGGUGUAUCUUGAUGAAGGCAUGGAAGAAGUCACAGAACUUUAUCCCUUAGAUGCCACUGGCACUGCGGUGGUUCCUCGGUUAUCGCCAAAGUCCCCACGCUCGCCUUUAAGUCGAGGAGGCUCACAGACUAAAUCAUUUUUUUCUGUGCCACAAAUACAAGAAGAAGAAAAGAAUGUUACAUCAGAGUCGUCGUUAGAUGAGGCUCCUCCUAGUAUCAUCGAUUCUAAAGAUCAUCCGCAUGCAAAGUGAUAUAUAUCCUUAAUUAAUUUUAUACAUGUGUAGUUUGAUUUAGCCUUAGAUGGGUUUCUAGCUUACUCGUGAGAUACAUACACCAUAUAUAUAUAUAAUAUGCAUGCAUUAGUUAUUUAGUUUUGUCUUGUGUUCCCCCGAAACAAAAACAACACAUUUGUUAAUUGAUUUUGUAUCUCUAUAUAUGUAACUUGCCCGCCCAGGUUUUGGGUGCGUUUGGCAAUACAAAUUCUUCUUCUUUCUCUACUUUUUAUUAGCAACAUGAACAAAUUUUAUUACUACCAAGAGAAGAGUUUAACACUUACAUAAAAAAUUUGUUUAUUCA